CUUAUUGGCUAGCACGUCACUGGAGAACAAAAAGGCUAUUGUGAGAUCCCCUUUACCUGAGACGCUCUACAUUGCAUUCAAAUCAGAAGGUACUUUGAUUUUGCACACUUCUUCUGCAGGUUUCAGUCUUCUUGUGGAGCUUGCUGUCGUUAUUGGCUUUGAAACAGGUCUCGGGUGUCCCCUCGAAUGGACUUUUAGGUGGGACGAUUUACAACUUGUUUUGCAGACCAAUUCCUCGUCAUCCCUUGUGGGACCUUCAAUCAUCCUUGUUCCGAUCAUGGCGAUGGGCUUCUCCCCAGAGCAGGUGGCCUGUGUUUGUGAGGUUCUUCUCCAGAGUGGAAGCAUGGAUCGCUUGUCCUCGUUCUUGUGCUCUUUCCCUUCCAAUUCCUCGUCAUCCAGUUUGUAUUUGGGAAUGGCUCAGAGUCAAGAGAGUGUGCUGAAAGCGCGGGCUGCGGUCGCCUUCCACCACUGUCGUUUUGCUGAGCUCUACAGCUUGUUAGAGGAGAACACGUUCUCCCCACGCAGUCACCCUCUCCUCCAGCAGCUCUGGCUCCGGGCUCACUACAUGGAGGCUGAAUUGCAGAGGGGCCGCCCUCUUGGGGCCGUGGGGAAGUACCGCAUCCGCCGCAAAUUCCCUCUUCCUCGUACCAUCUGGGAUGGAGAGGAGACCAGCUACUGCUUCAAGGAAAAGUCUCGCAGUGUAUUGAGAGAAUGGUACUGCAGAAAGCCGUACCCCUCGCCACGAGAGAAACGAGAUUUGGCUGCAGCCACGGGACUCACUGCUACACAAGUCAGCAACUGGUUCAAGAACCGACGACAGCGGGACAGAGCUGCGACCAGCCGGCAGGGCAGAACCUCAGCAGGAGCGUUUCUGAGCUCUGAUGAGGAGCUCUCACCGCCAGCGAGUCCCAGCACACUCUUCUCCUGCUCCCAGCAGCUCUCUGCCCAACCGCCCCCUCUCCGCCACCUGGGACCAGCACACUACUGAAAUCAAUGAAAUAGAAUACAAGUCAAAAAAAAAGUUUUGUAAUUUAGAUUUGUUUUAUACAUUAUUCCAUCUACCUGGAAAGACAACAUAAUUGAAAUAAGUGUCUUUGUAAGUCACAGCUGUCUCUGUGUGAGCUCCAGACGCUGUAAGCAGCAUAAAAGAGAGCCUUUUAUGCAGUUGUGUUUUCUGACUUGAGGUUGGUUGACAGUCUUGCGUAGGUUAGCAAAAUGGCUGAAUUGGCUUACAACACCUUCUACAAAGUCAAACUUGAGCUCUUUUAAACCAAAACAGAGCAUCAUUACAGCUGGCAGCAAAUGCCAUCUCGGCUUUCUGUAGUUAUGUUUGUAGUGCACCCUAACAUUUGUGCUUAAAUCCCUACUGUAUUUCAGGACUUGUCUACUAUUUCACUUAUGAAAUUAGUAAAAGUUUGAAUUAAAAAUGCUAAAGUAUCUUCUUUUUUUUUAAUAAUUUGUGGCACCUCAUAACGCUACAUAUUGUUUCAUUGCUAUAACUGAAUCACAUUCUCUUCUCGAAGAUUUCUGCAUGAAAUCAAAAUUCACCCUUUCUGCUUUCU